UACAUUUACCCACGUGAGGUAUUAAUCGCGGGUAUUUACUGCAUUUCUCUUUGUUUAUAUCUUGUUCCGAAAUUGUUUUAGUAAACUUCAAAUGUUUUGAUGUGGGAAGGAAGAGAGUCGUUGCUGGUUCUUAAUUUGUUUUUGUAACGGAGAUGUUUCACGUCUGGCGUGUAUGAGACUACGGGAACUUGUGGUGACAUGUCAGGAUUGUUUUUCUAAUUAUCAUCUUCUGUGUGUAGGAGGGGUGUCUUCUGUUUACUCCGAGGAUAUACAAACAUCUCACCAGAUCCUUUUCAGUUUGAGGCAGUCUACUGUCCUACAGUAUAGCUUGUCUUGCCGCAUCUGCAUCUUAUUGGUUACAGCGGUGGGGUACCAGAGGGACAGAAGAGGUACACGGCUAUAAAACAGACUGUCCAUGCAGCUUGCUAGAGAGAGAAAGACGGAGACAGAGAGCAUCCUUAUGCGUGCCUACAAUAUAGUAGACACACAGAUCGGAUAGUUUCGAAUUGGGCUAAUUAGAAUAGGUAUUUUAUUAUUGUUAUUAUUGUGUGUUAUUUUGUUUUAAAUAGAUUUUGUAUUACUAUUUCGCCUCAGACUGGAAUAGUGCCGGAUGAUAAUUGGAAUAACACAAAUAUGUAGCCUUCUGCUAGAAAGACGCAUCGGAAAUUUGUUGUAUCAUAACACAUAUAUAAACUAAAAGGAAGCUACUGGAGACCCAGCCGAUCUUGGAGAUCACCUUCUAUUUGAAUUUCUCCUGCCCAAACAUGAAGGCAUCUACCUUCCUCCUUGCUUUCCUGCUCGCCGUCUCUGUGGCCACUCGAGUCACAAGAGAGACGACACCAGAGAGCCUGCUUGAAGAGACCAAUCGGAGUCAAGAGGGGGACCAGCUGGGGCUUGACCAGGGGAGUGUACCCGGACAGCCUGCUGUGGAGAACAUUUCAGAGGUCCCUUUCAAGCCCAACCCCCCACGUUUAUACUACCCUCCCAUGUGUGUGAAGCCCACGGAGAUCAAGCACGCUUUCAAGUAUGUGAACACGGUGGUUUCCUGCCUUAUCUUUGUGGUGGGGAUCAUUGGGAACUCCACGCUCCUGCGCAUCAUCUACAAGAACAAGUGCAUGCGGAAUGGCCCCAACGUGCUCAUUGCUAGUCUUGCCCUUGGGGACUUGCUCUACAUUCUCAUUGCCAUCCCUAUCAACAUCUUCAAGCUGUUGGCAGAGGAUUGGCCAUUUGGGGUCUAUAUGUGCAAACUGAUGCCCUUCAUCCAGAAAGCAUCAGUGGGAAUCACGGUCCUCAGCCUCUGUGCUCUCAGUAUCGACCGGUACCGGGCAGUGGUUUCAUGGAGCCGUGUUCAAGGAAUGGGGAUUCCGCUGUGGAAGGCAGUAGAGGUGACUCUGAUCUGGGCAGUCGCCGUGCUCCUAGCUGUACCAGAGGCCAUUGCCUUUGACAUGAUGGAGAUGCCCUACAGAGGCACCAAGCUGAGGGUCUGCCUCCUCCACCCCCAGCAGCAAUCGGUGUUCAUGAUGUUCUACCGCGAUGUGAAGGACUGGUGGCUCUUUGGGUUUUAUUUUUGCCUCCCGCUGGCCUGUACAGGAGUUUUUUACACACUCAUGUCCUGUGAGAUGCUGAGCCGCAGAAUGGGGAUGCGUAUAGCACUCAAUGACCACAUGAAACAGCGUCGUGAGGUGGCUAAGACAGUGUUCUGCCUGGUGGUGAUCUUCGCCCUGUGCUGGCUGCCUCUCCACCUCAGCCGGAUCUUGAAGAAAACCAUCUACGAUGAGAAAGACCCCAACCGCUGUGAGCUGCUAAGCUUCCUGCUGGUAAUGGACUAUAUUGGAAUCAACAUGGCUUCACUAAACUCCUGCAUCAAUCCUGUGGCGCUCUAUUUCGUGAGCCAGAAAUUCAAGAACUGUUUCCAGUCCUGCCUGUGCUGCUGGUGCAAGAGGCCUACCCGAAACAUCACCCCCACCGAUGAGAAGGGAUCAGGGGGCCGUUGGAAAGGCCACUGCCAUGAAAACGGCCUGGACAGGAGCAGCUCCCGCUCCAGCCACAAGUACAGCACAUCAUAAUCGAGAGGGGCAGUUUGGAGCCUGGCAGCCACAGCACAGCCUGAAAUCCCAUUAUUUUUCUCAGAUAGGCUCCACCAUGGCAGCUGACGGAAGCAAAAAUCUACAAAAAACGGCCAACACAUUUCAUACUGGAAAUCCAGUCAGGGGCAGCUCCUUCGAACAAGAACACAAACACACCACGUGAGACUGACACUACAGCUCCGGGUGAAGCAAACCCAUUGCAGGAAUGAGAAUGGACAAAGGGAGGUAGAUACUGGGGUUUGACCAAAAAUUAGGAACACCUGCAUUCUCUGUAGGGUGUAGGGCCACCAUGCAAGGUGUUAAAAUUGUAGAGGAUGUGACACUUCCUCCAUGCUUGUGACGGAGGAAAUCUGCAGUCAGCAGUCAUUUAUGCAGUCUUGCAUGCAGAAUCUCCUGCUAUAUAUCCCGUCUUAUCCAUCAUGCGCCAAGAAGAUGAAUAUUGUAUAUCCGACAGACUACAUGUUAGGGAUUCCAUUUGAAUAACAAAUUAGUCAGUCAAGUAACUGUUGCUACAUAUUGCAGAUAUUCAUAAUUUUCUGCUAGAACCACCAAAUGGUUUGUAUAUAGAGUGGGAGGGGUUACACCCAACAUAUUUUUUAUCAGUUUAUAUCAAUAAUACUGACAAAUUAAUUAAUUCCUUGUUGUGUUUGCCUCUCGUCUGUCACCCAUUUACAGACGAGUUUCUUCUGAGACCUCAAACAGAGGGGUUAGUAUUCUAAAAAAACAGUGUUAAAAUUUCAGAAAAAAAGCCUUCUCUGACAGGGGUGUGUGAUGGGUUAAGUAAAUGGGCUAGUCUUAAAUUAAUCAGCUAUGAUGUUUGAAUCUGGGCCAGGAUGACAUCUUGAUUUGUAUAGCUGUCCUUCGUCGUGUUGCCAUGCAAGAGGAAACUGAAGCACAUCAAAGUGCUUGAAGAAUAUAUCAAAGACUAUUUAAAA